UCAUGCUGCUUCAUUAAAGAGUAGAGCUGAGGAGAAGAUAUGAGAAUACGCUGUAGGACCAUUGGAAAAACUACUACAGUGUUUUCUCAACCUUUUUUAGUGCCAAGUACCGGCAAGCUAGAUUGUUUCCUCCUUUGGGGAAAACGUCAAUUUAAACUAGCACAAAAAAAAAGACAAAAUCACCGUCAGCUAGCUGAACAUCUAAGGGACUGCUGAGCAUCAUCCCAGGGACCGGAGCUGGUACUUGGGCCAGAGGUUGACAAACACUGGGCAACCAGACUACAGGAAGUUGUUGGAGUGUUUGAAAAGCAGGAAUGUUCUUGAACACAGCCUCACCUCGGAAGUCUUUUAGCGUCCCCAUUAGCAUCAACCUACAGGGUGCACGGAGGCGACAGACACGGGAGAUCCUCCACCCUUUGGCGGCGAGGGAGCAGGUGUGGCGGAGAGGAGGGUACGGGUGCGGAGGGGAGAGGGCCAAGGCUCAGGUGAUGGCCUCCAGUGUGGGGGAGGACAGAGCCAUGCUCAUGGGCUUCAGCAUGAUGGCCUUCUCUGUGCUCAUGUACUUUCUGAUCGGGAUCACUCUGGUUAAACCCCACCUAAACAGUGACUGGCAUGAGGAGGCCAGCUGCUUGCUGGUCCAGGUUGAUGUUCUGGAUGAGUGGGCCGACUGCAGAGGGGUCAGCACUGCCCCAUGCCUGAGGGUUCUGGUCAACCUCAGUACCUCUGGACAGAAGGCUCGCCUACACUACGAUGAAGAGUCUGUACUCCUCAACCCUGAGUGUUUCUACAUACCCAAAUGUCAAGUAGACAGGAAAGUCCUUGUGGGCGAAGUGCAGAAAAUCCAAAACACUUUGGAGGAGACACAAGGCAGUGAGUUGCGUUGUCUUUCCGACCCCAGAAAAUACCCAGAGGACACCAUUUUGAAGAGGAAGUACACGUUAGGCCUUGCCUUGUGGUCUCUGCUGUGGCCCAGCUUGAUGCUGGGUGGGGGAGCUCUACUGGUGGGCCUGGUAAAGCUCAACCAGAGACUGGCACACCUCUGUACGGAGCUGGGUAAUGAGGUAACAGGGGGUAGGCUGACAACGAUGACAAAUACCCAAGGCAAACUCUAUCAGCUCCUUGGGUGGUCUGGCUCUGGACAGCACUCACCUAUGCAGGAUGACUCAGUGAAGUGAUAGCUGACAGUGGCUGUGUUCCAAUAUAUCCAGUGAAAGGACAUGGAGAUAACAUACUGUGUAGGUGAUCCCCACUGUAAGGAAGGGAGUCUAUGUAUGGGUUGAUGUAGUAGGAAAUGGAAAUAAUUACGUUAUCCACCUUGUCCUGGAUUUUUUUAUUUAUUGAUAUGCACAAGGGCUGCGGGGAAUCCCACUGUAUGACUGAAUAGUAGUGGAGGCUGGCUCAUAAUAAUGGCUGGAACUGAGCGAAUGGAAUACCAUUCUAGCCAUUACCACUAGCCCCUUCUCCCCAAUUAAGGUGGCACCAACCACCUGUGCUGAAUAAGCUGACUUGAAGGUACUUUUUCCUGGUAUGGUUAGUCAAAGCAGGUACUAUAAUCAACUAGCCGCAUUUCUCUGUCAAUAUAUGGGGACGAGUUUGAGUUUUUAUAUUGUGCUUUUUAAUUAUCAUGGCAUGGAAAAUGGAUAAUAAGAAAUUAAAUGCAUUGGUUCUCAAAAUAUGAGACAGGGAUACAGAGAAUUUUUAUUUUUAUUAAACAGUACAAUGA